UCAAAUUUAGUGUAGCGCUACAUUAUGCACGCGUAUUAUUUUAUAUUUACGUGACGAUUAAGUAACUUAAAUCGAUGUUUUAAAAACAACAACGCGUCUACUCGUGAAAAUCACCACCUCUAUAUCUGUAGAUCAACUGUGGCUUGGAUGUUGUUUCACGUUUGCGGAGUGAAACACGAGCCUGAAACAUAAAUAUCAGGGUGUUUACAUUAAGGCACAAAGUCAUUGCGCAUAUUUGUAUUUAUUUUUUUAUGGCAACGUUUAAUAUGGUAUUAAAGGGAAUAACAGCACAGUGACUGACCACAACACCGCUGCCAUUGUCAGAUGUCUGUUUUACUAUCAGAGUUUUGGCGCGCCUGGAUGUGAUCGGAAGUCACCGCCUGUGGCAUGAAAAAGAAUGGAGAGCUACACACAUGUUUUCCAGAUCUCUGGGAUCAAAGCGCAGGAUAAAAAGAGAGUUUUGAUUAAGGGCAUUUAUCAGCUCGGUGGAAAAUACAUUGGUGGCUCAGUAUACAAGCACUGUACCACUCAUCUCAUAACCCCCCAGGUUUUGCCGAGUGAGAAGUUUUUGGCAGCUUGUGCGGCAGGGAAGUGGGUUGUGACUCCAAACUAUGUGUUGGAAAGCAUGAAGAAUGGCUCCUGGCUGCCCGAGGGACCCUAUGAAGUGGCCAUUUUUACCAGCUCCUCAUCUGCCUUUUACCCCGUCAGACAGUGGAGGGAAAAGGUAGCCAAAGGUAGAAUAACCGGUGCUUUUCAGGGCUGGAAAGUUCUUCUCAUGGUCCAAGAGCCCAACAGGAGAGCCAUGUUCAAACGGCUGCUGAAAGCUGGAAGAGCAGAAGUGUACAACUGUCCUCCACCUACCUACACUUCCAUCACUCAUGUCAUGGCGAAACCUAUGACGGAGAAAUCAAAAUCUCUUAAUUCACCUUGCUACCCUGUGAGCCACAUAGUCCAACACCUCUUCGGGAGCAAUCACCUGGAUAUGAAUUUUAACAAAAUGGAUGAUCUUCCGUCCGAGACAAAAGCCAGUUGUCUUGAAGACUUCUCUAAUCUGGAGGCAGAACUCAGGAACUUUGCUGUCAAAAAAGAGGGCCGGCCCAGACUGUGCUUUCUUGAAUUUCUAGGUUACAGUGACCCUCAUCGUCCCUUCACACAGGCAAUUGUAGCAGAUUUAAGCAACGUCAGUAGUAUGAUAGAGUGCGGCCUAGUCAGCGAGGCCUUGGAUUCAAUCAGAAAUGCAGUGUUUCCAGGCGUGUUGCCCCCAGUGAUGUACCUGAUCUCCCUCAUAGAGUACGCACAGCAGGGUAACGCCACGUCCCUCUUUCUGAGAAAUUUCCAUCAUGUUAUGGUAAACCUGCUCAUUACAAAUCCUCCAUGGCUGGCUCAAAAUUCAGUAAAAAAAUACUAUGCCCAAGUGCUGCAGUGUCCUCAGUGCAAGAUGGGCUUAUGGCCUCUUUUAGAGACUGCAAUCAGAUACUGCCUGACAAACAGCGACACCUGUCACCCACACCCUGGACCCGCCUUGCCAGCCUUGGUACAUUUCUACUGUGACAUGCUUGCAUUUUGCCUCAUGCUUCUCAAGGGUGAACUUCACUCUGUCAAUAGCAGAGACUUUAUGUUUCCUAACCAACCCAGAGCGUCAUCUGCAUCAGCUUCUGGUUCAUUACUCUAUGGGACUUUCUGGACCGUGUGGGAACGAACAACACUGCUGUCUUGCACCGUGAAAAAGCUUCUUCAGCUCCUAAUAGAAGCUGCCAUUAUGGAAUUUGCUCAGGGAGCAGAGAAGCGGGAGCUGUAUUUGGCAGACACUCUGCUGGAUCUUCUGUCUGUGUUGGUGGAGUUUUGGUGUCAGCAGCAUUUUAAACUUAAUCAGAGUCUGGUGGAAAAAGGCCUCAAAGACCUCUCGGAGCACCUUGCCGUUCUCAGCCAGGAUCUGUGUCCAGCUGUUUUGGUAGAGCUGAUUUGCAGAGUUCACUCCACCAGGCUAAAGUUGGUUGUAGUUGAUGCCAUCUUCAGGAAUCUCUGCUGCAGAAAUGGCUUCACUGUUGUCGAUGAACCUCUCUCUCUCAAGAAAAUGGUGUGUUCUUACUUGCCUGCUCUGGGAACGUUAGCUCAAAGUCCCAGCUUUGCUUCCUGCAAGACUGGGAAAACCUCCCACAGCUGUACGAGUCAGGGGACCAGCAGGACCGAGAACAUGCCGGUGAUUGAAGAAAGUCCCGAGCGAGAAAAUGCCCCCAGGGGCGUGAACAGAGUGAACGCAGCAGGCGAGACCCUCCUACACAGAGCUUGCAAGAGAAACCAAGUGGAAACGGUGCUUCAGAUCCUGGCGCUUCCUGGCACAGACGUCAAUGUAAAAGACCAUGCAGGCUGGACUCCUCUCCAUGAAGCAUGCAACCAUGGCAGCACUGAGUGUGUGAGAGCAUUGCUGCAUCACCAUCCCACCCCUGUCCUCACUGACCAGGUCGCCGGCGUUAGUCCUCUGCACGACGCCCUGCUGAACGGACACUUGGACAUUGCUAAAAUGUUACUGGAACAUGCAGGCAGUGAGGUGGGGGUAGCGUGAGGGGUGUUUACCAUGCAGUGGAACUGCCUGCAUCCCAGCUUGUCUGCCUUACCCCCAGACUCAGACCAGAAAGACUGGGGGAGGGAUGGAGGAGGGGAGGAGUGUUGCAUCUUUCUUUCCUUCCCUCCCUCUCUACCUCCUUCUUCAAAUUCCCCCCUUCCUCUACUCUCACUUUUAUAUUUCUUGUCUUCGCCUGCCCUCUAAAGGCCAAAGGGCUUCGCGCUCCAUAUGUAAAUGUGUGUGUGUGGCAGCCAGGCUGCAUCUGGCGCCUGCAUCAGGCAGUGGCUUUUUCUCAGCAUGUGAAUUCUUCCUCUCACUGCUGUAGCUUCACAACCGAGGAUGUUUUUCAUCACAUUCAUGCACACACACUUAAAGGACGGCGUAAUUACCCUAUGCUCUUAUGUACUCCCUCAGGUGUUAUAUUUAUCACCGCUGGAGCAUUUCUGACACCCAGCACCAAUACCUGGAUUCACUUCAGUCACCAUUCUUGCACCAAAUACACUUCCCUAGGCGUAUAACACUAUGCAUGCAUUUAUAACUAAGUCAAAUGAUCUAAUCUAUAGUUAUACUUCAGUACGAUGUUUGCUCCAUUAGCAUACAGUUGGAGUAACAUUCCCUGAAGCUUAUGAAUCUAUGAUUUCUAUCUUCUGUAAUAAACAUGUGGUUAUAAACCAGAACAAGAAAGCAAGUUGCUAUUUAAAAGAAUAAAAAGAGAAAAUAAAGAACCAGCAUGAAGGCAAAUAACACAAAUUGUGGUUGGAGCUAUCCAGUUAGCUUUCAGGCAGACAGAUUCUACAAAGAGCCUUACAAACCGAGCCCAGGGCCGUGCUGCAGGGACGCCUUCCCACCCCUCCUUCGUGCUCCAGUGUCAAACCUCUGAUUGGAGCCUGUCUGUCAACUGGGUUUGACAUGACGACGGCGGGGAACUCUGGGAAACGGGCUUGCAUUUCUUUAUCUCCUGGAUCUGCUGCGAAGAAAACAGAGCUGUUCUGGAGACAUGGCAGACAGUAAAACUAAUAACACCAGAGCAGAGUAUCGUUAUUUCUGAUUUUCCUGUCAUGUGUGAUUUUCACCGAAACACACCAAGAGGUAACUUUUGGUGCGAGACUUAUUGAUUAAAAUAAAAAGUGUAAAAAGUUCAACGGUAAAGUUGCUCCCUGUGAACUCUCUUUUCAAAAGCAGGUUUAGAGCAGAACUUUUAGGAGUCUGUCCACCAAGUACCAUGAUGAAUCCAGUUUUUUUGCAGUUUUGUUUUGAGGCAAUUUAACUAAGGCUUAAUGCCUUAGUUAACGUCACACAGCCAUUCCUCCUGAUUGAGAGCAGUAUCGACACCGACUCCUGCUGAUGCUGAAGACAGCUUGUUACAGAAACCUGGUGAUUAUGUCCCGCUGUGAACAACCUCACUCUCCCUCACUUACGCUCUCACAUCAGUCCCUAACCUCUGCCUUUCUCUUGUGGCCACUUUGAUCAAAUUUGCACUCUCACAUCCUUGACUGCUGCCCCCAACCACUGACCCUUGUAUUUAAAAUAUCCAUGCUUAUGUAAAUGUUUAUGUAGAUUAAUGCCACAAUUUAUGCUGAUUGGUUUUUUUGCCCAUUCAGAUUUGAAAGACUAAAAGGUAGACGAGCACUUACCUUCUGCUGGGAGCUCUCACAAAUAAUCUUAAGAGCCGAAAUGUACCAAUCAGAAAUUUGGUGCCUAUUUCUGAUCUCUGAUUUUUGUGAAGCACCGACCUUCUGAUACCAGGUCUCCUUAAGAACUAUUAAUAGAAUUAAACCUCUUGGCUUGAGCAGCCAUCAAUUAUUUUUAUUACUAGCAGAGGUGACAUCCAUCCAAGAAUAUGUUAUUCAAAGCAGAUUUUAACUAAUUUAAAACAAGGACCAAAUGAUGGCCAGUUGAACAUUGUAUGCUGUGUUGACCAUAACUAAACCCUAUAAAUUCUGAAUUAUUUUGUGACUUUUACAAAAAAAAUUUUUAUCAAAAUGCCAGCAGGGAGGCCCAGUGUGCAUGCUUUAUCCUUUGUUAUAGUACACAAUCAUCCCUUCAUUCUAGUUUCACACUUCCUUCAACCCCAGUGUCUGUCAAACUGCAAAUAAGUGCCAGCAGUGUAAUCAAGCAGCCCUUCAGCUGUGAGCGUGUCAUACAGAGCCUCCGCAGAGCCGUAAACCUGCUCAUAAGUGGUAGUAGCAUUGCCAAGGUUGAACAGUCAAGUGCCAUCAAAAGCAGUUUGCUAUAGAAAUGGGUCUAUCUGAAAGCAAACAAAGGGCUCACUCCCAACUCGACCCGCUCCGCAGACUAAAUGUGCGCGGGCCUGUCUGAUGCUGGAAAAUGGCUUUCAGCCUGAAUAGAGAGCAGAGACACAAGGUGGUAAAUGUCAGCAUCAGAACUUUGCUUCGCUUCGCCUUGUGAGGGAGAGAAGAAAGUGUUGCAUUCAGCACCGACUGUCACCUCAAGCUGAAUGCAUCGCAGCAGCGCCGGAAGGGGAAAGCCAAGGUCGGUGGAGACGUUUUGAAGGUAUACAAUUAAAACUAUAUAUUAAGUGUUUAUUUUUACACUCGCAAGAGAUUUGAAUUAAUGGAGAACUUUGCCAUCACUGUUGACUCCCUCGUUAAAUUUCCAACAAGGCACAUUUUUGCCAACGCCGGACUCGAGGUCUGCUGCGACUCAGCGGCUCCCUGCGUCUGCGUCGACGGCCAUGAGCUCACUUACAGCAGUGCGUCAAAAAAAAAGAAAAGCUGAGCCACCGUCAGGUCACUAACCCUCUGCGCCUUUAACACAAACACAAAGUGACCUGCCAGUCACCGAGCUAAGGCGAAGUGUCAGCUGAAGUUAGCGCUGAAGUGAGCUAAUAGGCCCGUCUGGCGCUGAGGGCCGGUGGGAAAACAGCUGUUCAUUUAAGCCUUCCACUUCUCACACUGUGCGUUUGGAUGAGAGUGCGAGUAUGUCUCACGGAGCCAAUGUAUUUCUGUUACCUCGUCCUGCCGUUGACCCGUGUCGUGUCUCUUCCGCCUUAUUUGAUAAUGAUGCCGCAGACUAAAGUAACUUGGCUGCAAAUCUGUUUCGUCUUUUAUCACUGAGGCUUAAACUUGCUGCUAACAUUGAAAUCAUUAACCUCCACGUUUAAGGUCACUGUGCGAUUUUGAAAUUUGGGCGCUGUGCUCUGGCUUACCUUAAAUGACCUGCCAAUAUUUCUUUGAUGCUUUGAUAUUUCUUACAACCUUUCUACUUGCAAAAGUAUGUAUUUAUAAACUUAAUUUACCGGGACUUUAAACAUUUUAAGAUAGUGGUUUUAUUUUUCUUCUUCUUUUUAAAAAAAAUAAGCAAAUCUUGUAUGUUAUACUUUUUCAAAGCUGUUAUUUCAUGUAAAUAAUUUACUUACAACUUAAAUAGGCAUACUCAAGUUUCUUUCUUCUUUGCACCCUAUUAAUAAUGUGGUGCUUUAUAAAGUAUAUCACCCAACAAAACACUUUCUGUUCUUCUUACUUUCAAGCAUUAGUUUCAGAUUUAUUUAUCUUUCUAGUGUUUCUAUUAAAAAACAUUGUCUGAAGCCUGGUCUUAGCGCUGUCUCAUCUUACUCUGGAUGUCUCUGUCUCCCUCAGGCUCGGUUCUUCUCCAGCAGACCGACGGAGACGGACGGACUCCGCUGGAUCUGGUCUCUGUACCGAGUCAGAGGGAGGAGCUCCUCCGCAGCGCUCAGGUCAGAGAUUCAGCCCGAA